AUGCGCUUCGCCGUGCCAAAGAACAAGUUAUGCAUUGGGGUCGAUGAUGGUAGAACGAACAGCCAUUAUGGUGUAGCUCACAUGCCACCUCGUCCCUCUUCCGCGCUCAAGUCCACAUCGAUCCGUCAUCGUCUCAGCACAGGCUCGAUUGCCGCCCUCGAACGUCUCAGUUCUCGGCAUCAAAUCCACAGUAGUCAAUACUGGGGGUACCUGGAAAAACGUGAAAUUGACGAACGCAUUUUUAAUGAAAGAGUUGCAACCUAUCAAACAGAGGUUGGAGUAAGCAAGUGCUUGGCAUUAGCGAUCGAAAAGCGAGCAAAGGAGUUGGAGUUGGCGUUUCCCAAGCGUGCUCAUGAUGCAGUAGAAGCAUACAGUGACGAUGAAAAUAGUGAUGCAGGUAGCAUGUCAAGUGGCGAAUAUCGCUCCCGCCGCCCAAAAAAACAACAGGGGAACAAAAAGAAAGGCGUGAAGCCCGUCACAAGAACCAUAGCACUUACUGACUCUGAUGCAAACGGCCGCUAUGAGAUGAAAAAUCCUGUAUUCAACUGA